AUGACAGCACGUCCAACUUUUGAAGACAUUGGUAAAAGCCAUGGAAAAUACGACAUGGAGCGUAUUGGUUUGUUUUCGGAGAUGCCAUAUAUGAUUGGCGAUAAGUAUCCUAAUAAAAAAGAUAAUAUACGGGAUUUGAAAAAGUCUCAAAUGUAUCCAAGUACUUUAAAAACUAAAACAGGUCUUCAAGACGCUUAUUUUGAACCACAAUAUAAAAGGUUAUAUGAAAAUGAAAAAUGGAAACCACAACCAACAGGACUGUUUGUUAUGAAUGAUAAGAAAAAACAAGUUAGUACGCAUCCAUUUAUACCUACAGGUCCUGCAAAAUACCAUUCAACUGCUGGUGAUCAUUUUGGAACAUUUGGUCCUAAGCUCCCAGCGAUGUCUAAUGCCAAAACUUCACCAAAGAAAGAAAAGCUCCCACCAAACGCCUUAACUAAACCAACCAAUACAAGAGGACCUGGAUAUACGGAUAUUGGUUUCAGUCCGUUCCCUGAAUACAAGUCAAGUCCAUAUAAUGACGUGAAAAAACAAAAUAUAAAAGAUAAACUAAACAAGGCUUCACCAUUUUUAACUGGUGGUUCCUACGAGUUCUUUGAAAAAAAUCCUUAUUUUAGUGAUGAUCAAAAGCCGACGUACAACAAGAUCUCAAAAACCAAAUUUAAAGGAACGCCAUUUCUGCCACCUUCAACAAUAAAUAACAUUGGAAAUGGUUUCGAAAAGUGGCCCAGUCAUUCGGAUGACCGCUACAUUGAUCCAUAUAGAAUUGAAUAUAAGAAUAAAAAAGACAAAAAAGACGAUAAAUCAAUUAUUACAUUCUAUCCACAAACCAGAAACAAAUCGUUAUAUACUACAUCAACGAUUCAGCGGAAAUUAAAAAUCUCAAUGAACAAUCACAACUGGCGUACAUUUGAUACCAUUACAUACCCCACAGAAACAAUAAGAAAACAAUGA